AUGUUGGACAAAACAAUUCGUAUCGGCGAGUUAGUUAGCGUUGGCUAGAUACAAUUGUAUUAGAAGUGUAUGCAACAGCAUGCACAUUUUUCAGGACCGUUUUGGCUAAAGGAGUAUGAGUAAAGAUUCUAAGAUGAGGGCGACAAUAAAUCAGAAGUUAACAGAGAUGGGCGAACGAGAGCGGUUGAAGGAGUUGCUCAGAGCUAAACUUACUGAAUGUGGAUGGCGGGAUCAGCUGAAAGCUCAUUGCAAAGAUGUCAUUAAAGAAAAGGGCUUGGAACAUGUGACUGUUGAGGACCUUGUGGUUGAAAUCACACCGAAAGGAAGAGUUCUGGUGCCUGACAGUGUGAAGAAGGAGCUGCUGCAGAGAAUAAGAGCUUUUCUAGCUCAGCAUGCCACAUAACAACAUCGGCAAAGUUUUUUAAAACCCUGUUUUGCUGUCAGAUUUGUAAUAGAGAGCUUGUUUUCUUUUUGCUGUCUUGACAUUAUUAGACUGUUUGCUUUGUUCAAUGUCUGAGUUGAAGAAUAAAAAUGUGGUAGUUCUUAACCCGAUGCACUGAUCAAAACGCCAGUAACCCCAAAAUGUGUUUGAAUAUGCAAUAUGUAAUGCUGUUUUUAAAAUUAUCCUUUUUUGAUGUGUAUAUUGUCUUUGUUUUGUUGGUUGGUUUUGUUAUGCCAUGGACUAAGAGCUAAGGUACACAAGGCAAACCACACAACAAAAUAAUUAGCUAUUGGUUUCUGCUUGCCCUUGAUAGGGGAGAUAAAAUACAUAAUAAUAACAGAAUGGUCUCGUACUAAUUCAUAAUACAUUGAUAUGUAUAAGUGUGUGCAUGUGUGUUUGGUAGAAUGGUUGAGUAGGAAUGUGUUUGUGUGUUGAGCAGAGUCAGUUUAGGUAAUCAGACAGGUAAAAUGUUCCGCAGUCUCAUGGCUUGCCUAAGCCUAGAUACAGUCCCCAUCUUACCUUUGUCAUUGUUAUCCCUUUUUAUUUUUCUUAUUACCCCUUAAAUCACUUAGGCCAUCGCUGCUGCAAUCACCAUUUUAGGGAAUAUUUCAUAACAUUUUAGAGGGGCUUUGUGACAAUGGAAAAGCUUUUAGAAAGGGGUUAGUGUUAAGGUUUGUCCUCGCUUUUUAAAAGGGUAAGUUGUCUAAUGAUGUGUUUAUUCAGCCAGACAAAUACAGAAUUUUUUCCCACU